GUGAUCGUUUAGAUGCAGAGGGUGUGAAGACUCUAAUCAUGAAAUUCAGAAAAAUAAUCCUCCUGUCUUUGGAAUGCCUUAUCUCUGCCUGCGUGGUAAGAUGUUCUGAGGUGAAGCUAAUGAACAAUGGUUAUGAUAAUGUUGUCAUAGCUAUUAACCCUGAGAUUCCAGAAGAUCCAAAGCUCAUUACAAAAAUUCAGGAGAUGAUAACUUCAGCCUCAUCUUUCCUGUAUGCUGCCACUAAACAGCGAGCUUAUUUUCGAGAUGUGAAAAUUUUAUUGCCCAUCACUUGGAUAUCAGAACCACAUUAUCAAAGACCAACUACACAAUCCUAUGAGAAGGCUGAUGUGAUCAUUGCUGAUUCAAACGUUAAAUUUGGUGAUGAUCCGUACACCCUCCAGUAUGGCAGAUGUGGUGAACGGGGCCGAUAUAUUCACCUGACCCCCAGCUUCAUGCUGAAUGAUAGUGUCAUCCCUAUUUAUGGUCCACGAGGUAAAGUGUUUGUACAUGAGUGGGCCCAUCUUCAGUGGGGUGUUUUUGAUGAAUAUAAUGAUUUGGAGCCCUUUUAUUUUUCUGGCAACAGAAUGCGCCCAACUGGGUGUACUAAAGAGAUAACAGGAAAGAUUCUCUCAUGCAGAGGAACUUCCUGUUUUCCCUGUGGUAUCAUCGGUCCCCCAAUUGGUGAUUGUAAGUUUUUCCCAGAUAAAAGUCAGACAACAACAGCUUCGAUAAUGUAUCUCCAAGGAUUAAAAGAUGUGGUUGAAUUCUGUGACAAUGGCAGCCACAAUCCUGAAGCACCAACUAUGCAGAACAAAAUGUGCAAUUACAGGAGCACUUGGGACGUGAUCAGUCAAUCAGAGGACUUCAAGAAUAACCCUCCAGCUCAUAACACUCCAUCCCUUGUGCCGACAUUUACUCUACUGCAUGCUAAGGAUCGAGUGCUAUGCUUAGUUCUUGAUGACUCUGGAAGCAUGGGUGCGUCAAACCGAAUUCCCAGGCUCAGACAGGCAGCUUCGAUAUUCCUGAUGCAGAUCAUUGAACCUGGAUCCCAGGUUGGCAUCGUUACUUUUGACCACACUGCAAUUAUUAAAAAGCAUCUGACGCCAAUUGACAAUGACGAUGUGAGAAAGGAGCUUAUAAACUUUCUGCCUACAUCAGCAGGUGGUGGAACAGAUAUCUGUAAUGGGAUUCGGUAUGGUUUUCAGGUACUUCGUAGAGACGAUGGUGCCACAAAUGGUGAUGAACUGGUUGUGCUGACUGAUGGGGAGGACUCUACUAUAAGCAGUUGCUUUGGAGAUGUGGAACAAAGUGGAGCUAUUAUCCACACCAUUGCAUUAGGUCCAAGUGCGGCUGUGGAACUGGAGCAACUAUCCAUUAUGACAGGUGGUUUGAGCUUUUCGGUCACAGAUAAUGUAGAUGAAAAUGGUUUAAUUGAUGCUUUCACUGGAUUAGUAUCCGGAAAUGGCAACAUUAGCCAACAGUCAAUCCAGGUUGAAAGUUCUGCAAAGAGAAUUAACAGGAAUAGUUGGUUCAAUGGCACGGUUUACAUUGAUAAAACCAUUGGGAAUGAUACUUCCUUUGUAAUCACAUGGCAGAAUACUGCACCAUCUGUCUUUGUACAAGACCCUCUUGGAAACAUUUACAAAGAUGUAAACUUCGAGAUGGACUCUUCUUUACAUACAGGCAGGCUUGCCAUUCCUGGCACAGCAGAGAUUGGAGAAUGGACAUAUGCGAUGCAGAAUAAGGCUUCCAGAGAUGAGGAUGUAACCAUCACAGUGACAUCCCGUGCAGCAGAUGAGAAAGUUCCCCCUGUCACUGUCAACGGACACAUCAAUCAAGAUAUAUCAACAUGGCCACAACCUCUGGUCAUUUUUGCAGAAGUCAGUCAUGGUUUCUUACCCGUCCUUCACGCAAAUGUGAUAGCCACGGUGGAACGGGCAGACAGCAGUCCUGUCAGCAUCGAUCUUCUGGAUGAUGGCGCAGACCCUGACGCGGUUAGAAAUGAUGGUGUUUAUUCUCGAUACUUUACUGAUUAUGGUGGAAAUGGACGAUACGGCCUUAAAUUGUCUGUUCAAGGAAAAGAUGGGAUCACAAGAUUUGCAGCCAGGCGGCAAGGACAUGCUAUGUACAUCCCAGGAUACGUGCAAAAUGGCAUCAUUCAACAAAAUCCACCCAGGCCACCGCCCAUUGAUGACAAUCCUCAGACAAACUUUGGAAGUUUCAAGAGAGUCAAGUCAGGUGGCACAUUUACUGUAAAUCGGAUUCCUUCAGGAACUCCCCCUGACAAGUUUCCUCCUAAUAAAAUCAUGGAUCUUAAAGCAACAAUAGUUGAAGAUAAAAUACAACUGAACUGGACAGCACCAGGCGAUGAUUUUGAUCAAGGAAAUGCUUCCUACUAUGAAAUACGGAUGAGUAAAAACUUUACACAGCUGAGAAAUGAUUUUCAAUCUGCUCAUAAGGUCAAUACCAACGGGUUGAAGCCAAAGACUGCAAAAUCAGAGGAAUCGUUUAUGAUCUCUGAGAAUAUUGAACUGAAAAAUGGGACAGUACUCUACUUUGGAAUCAAAGCACACGAUAAAGUAAACCUUACUUCGGAGUUGUCAAAUAUAGCACAGGCUGCCUUGGUUUUGCCUUCACCUACACCAAUUCCAUCUACUCCACCUACACCAUCAAAUCAGACACCGUCACUAACAGCAACCACGUCGCGCUCACCUAGCCAAACUGAUGAAUCUCUGGUGAUUAAUAUUUCAGAAAUUCUUGUAAUAGCUGGUUGUAUUCUAAUUAUAAUGACUGUGAUCAUUGCCAUCACUGUUUGUAUUGUGGCUACCAGACGCCGUCGGAAAGUGUCACCCAGAUAGAAAACUUAUCAGCUUCAGCAUAUUAGAAUUGAUCAUCCUUAAUUUUACUCUAAUUAUUCUCAGAGAGCAACCAAACUCAUUUAGUCUUUUUAUUACUUUACAACAUAGAAGUAGACAGUUUCCCAAUGAACCUCCAUUAUUAGUCUGCAGAGCCUGCCAUACUUGAAAGUAAAAGCCUUAAAGCCAAUAUGUAUUAAAUAAGUAUCUUAAAAGUCUGGUCAAAUCCCAUUGAAUGAUUGUUUAUGUAAGUACAACAUAUUUGGUUGUCUGCAUUUCACUCCAAGUCUCUACUGUGUUAGGCAUCAAUUGGAGAAAGAAAUUUUACAGCUAAUGUAAAUAUGGCAAUAUUUAAAUUGGGUAGAAGCUGUUUAUCUUCUAGUUCCCCUUGGAAAAGUUAUAUUUAGACUGCUACCUCCAGAUUUUGGGCCAGGAUCUAAUUCCCGAUCUUCAGAAAACACAAAUGGAAAAGGUGGAAACACAAAAAUCUGCAGAUACUACAACCUGAGGCCAAACUCAACAGCUGGAUAAACUCAGUGGGCCAGGCACCAUCUGUGGUGAGAGAGGGAUGGUUGACAUUUUGUAUAAAGACCCUGAGAGUGUAGUGGGGAAGAAGGGAGCCAAUCUAGAGAGAUUAGUGGGAGUAGGGGCUGUGAAAGAUAAAUCAAACCAAGUGAGGAAGGAGAUGAUUGACAGAUGGGAGGGAGAGGACCAUUGCUUCCUAACACCGAUCCUUGUAGCACAUUACUAGUUGUUGGCCUCUAGUCAGAGAGGCAACCUUUUAAUACCUCUUUCUGGUUUUUCCUACAAAGCAAAUGUUGAAUUCAUUUUACUAACUUAUUCUGAAUGUUGAGCAACUGAACUAACCUCCCAUGCAGGACUUUGACAAAGCACUGGCUAAAAUCCAUGUGGACAACAUCCACUGUCUUUCCUUCAUAAACUUUCCUAGUAACUGCUUGAAAAUCUCUGUAAGAUUGGUUAGAUACAGCCUACCACACACAAAGCUAUGUUGAUUAUCCCUAAUCAGGCCUUGUCUACACAAAUACUAUAUAUCUGGUCUGUUAGAAUACCUUCCAAUAAUUUACUUAAUACUGAUGGCAGGGUUACAGGCCUAUAAUUUCCCAGUGUAUUCUUAAAGCCUUUCUUGAACAACAGAGAAAGAUUAGCUAUAUUGCGGUGUCCAGCACCUCACCCAUGGGUAAGGAUGUUUUAACUACCUCUGCCAGGGCUCCUGAAAUUUUUGCACCAGCCUCCCACACAGUCAAAGGGGAGUGUUGUGUGUGCUGCACUGAAAUUUUAAUAUUCUCCAUAUUUCCUGUCAUUUCACAUCUUCACAACAAUUGCUGUAUCACAGAUGCCCAUUGCAUUGUUCUCUGUGAGAAUUAUAUCUGAUGCUAAUGUGUAAUGUGUAGAAUUUCAACAGGCAAUUGUUGCUAAGUUUGUUAACGCAUGGUUAAAAUGUGUAUUGCAUAAACAAGGGUAAUUGGAUCCAGCCUGUAGGAUUUGUAUCAACAUACUUUGUGAUCUCUGGAUGUUCUGGAGAAGUUUGACAACAAAGAACUGCUUUCAAACUGUAACAACUAUCGUAAAGUGUGGGUAAAUAGCAACCAAUAUUCCCACCAUAGAACUCUCACCAACAGCCCUGUAGUAAAUGACCUAAUACUCCUUUAAAGCAUGUUGAGAACACAUCA